AUGGUCGUUGGUUAUACAGGGUACGAUGGAAAUACGUUUCAGAAAUACCUCCUAGGAAUACCUCCCAAGAAUACCUCCUACAUAUACCUCCCAGAAAUGCCGCCUAGAAAUACCUCCCGCAUACACCUCCUACAUUUACCUCCCACAUAUACCUCCCAGAAAUACUUCCCACAUGUACCUCCCACAUAUACCUCCCAGAAAUACUUCCCACAUGUACCUCCCACAUAUACCUCCCAGAAAUACUUCCCACAUAUACCUCCCAGAAAUACUUCCCACAUAUACCUCCCAGAAAUACUUCCCACAUGUACCUCCCAGAAAUACUUCCCACAUGUACCUCCCAGACAUACCUCCCACAUAUACCUCCUAGAAAUACUUCCCACAUGUACCUCCCAGAAAUAUCUCCCACAUAUACCUCCCAGAAAUACUUCCCACAUGUACCUCCCAGAAAUACUUCCCACAUAUACCUCCCAGAAAUACCUCCCACGUAUACCUUCCAGAAAUACUUCCCACAUGUACCUCCCAGAAAUACUUCCGACAUAUACCUCCCAGAAAUACUUCCCACAUGUACCUCCCGGAUAUAUCCGCCACAUAUACCUCCCAGACAUACUUCCCACAUAUACGACCCAGAAAUACUUUCCACGAAAUGGUAUACAUUAG